UUCGGUUGUGUCCGUGAUAAGGGCGACAUUUGCCGAUUGCUUGUGUACCGGAAGUGUCGAAGUAAACGCAGGCAGAUUCUUGUCAACACAGGUAGAGGGACAUACCCUAGCAACGACACCCCGGUCUGCAAUCAUGUCUGACGUAGAAGAAACAUUCAAGAGGAUCCAGUCUCACAAAGGUGUCUUGGGAAUCAUUGUAGUCAACAGUGAAGGUAUCCCGAUCAGGACAACGCUGGACAACUCGACCACUGUCCAAUAUGCCGGUCUGAUUCAUUCCUUAGCAGCCAAAGCCAAAAGCUGUAUCAGAGAUAUUGACCCACAGAAUGAGUUGUGCUUCUUCCGACUCAGGACGAAAAAACAUGAGAUUAUGUGUGCACCAGACCAUGAUUACUUGAUGAUUGUCAUCCAGAGUUAGGAUCCACUGGGAGGGAAGAUCUGCAUGCAUUGCGUUAGGGGUGGGGGGAGGGGUCUGUCACUCUACAUGGACUUUGCUGUCAUUAUAUGGAUGUCAAUUCCAAUAUAUUUAUUCUGCUUCCUGAACCUGGUGUCCUGUAUCCGAACAAAUGGUUGAUUUCAAGUUUCUCCGAAAUAUUACUUAAUAUUCAUCAUUCUUUGUAUGUUUAUCACAUUCUUAGAAUUUGGUGAAAGUCAUGUAGAGUUUCAUUGAAGUUUUAUUUGAUCUAUUUAUGAAAUUGUCAUUUGUUAUUGAAAUUAAAUCUUCAUCUCUGAA